GGUGUACCAAGAACCCGCAUCGUCACAAUCCUGCAGAACAACCGUGCCAGCCCGGUGAUAAACAACGAUGGCGACUGAUCACGAUCGCGGCGAUUGUAGCUGGAUCCCAAUCAUCGAUUUAAAGGCGUUUGACAUCACAAAAGAAGAGAAUGAAGUCGACAGAAAAGAUCUGGAAAAGCUUGCUAAUGAUGUGUUCAAAGCUUUCAGCACCAUAGGAUUUGUUUAUGUCAAAAAUCACGGAAUUCCCCAAGAUCAGAUUGACAAUAUAUUCAGGUUGUCAGAUGAAUUUUUUGCACAACCACAAGAGACCAAAGAUAAAUUCAUCCGUCCAAUGUCUGAUCCUGCUGCAAUUGGUUACAUUCCAAUUGGAAGAGAAUAUUUUGAUGCCAACAAACCUGCUGACCUCAAAGAAUCAUUUGACGCUGUCCCAGGAAGUGAAUAUUCUCAGUACUGGCCAAACAUACCAAACUUUGAGGAGGAUGUUGUAAAGUUCCACAGAACGUGUGCCAAGCUGGGCUUACGAUUGCUCAAACUGAUUGGAAUGGGAUUAGGACUGGAGGACUCUGAAUUUUUUGUAAAAGCACAUGAAAAGAUCAGUUCGAGAGCCAGCAAUAACACAGCCAUUUUGCGUCUUCUGCACUAUCCGCCUGUGAAGGACGGUGAAGGUACAGGGAAUUAUGGGAAGACUAAUGAGUAUGACUUUCUGCCAGAGCAGACACGCUGUGGUGAACACACGGAUUACGGCUCCAUGACUCUGCUCUUCCAGGAUGACACUGGAGGCCUGGAGGUCCAGACAGUAAAUGGGGAGUUCAAGCCAGCCACGCCCAUACCAGGCACUGUGGUGGUCAACAUAGCCGACAUGAUGCAGAGGUGGACAGCGGAUGGACUCAAGUCCACUUGUCACAGAGUGAUCCCCCAUAGGAAGACCAAACCAAGGCGUUCUAUGGCAUUUUUCAUUGAUCCUGAUGGGGACGCAGUGAUUGCGCCUUUGGACAAUUCCAAAAAGUAUCCACCAAUAAAGUUUAUAGACUACUUCAACAAACGUUAUGAAGAAACCGGAAUGACUCGGGAGGAACAUAUACAGUAGAUGGUUUAUAUCUAAUGAGACAAUCAUGUUACUUGCCUGAUUAGAUUUUGACGUUGCCUAACAUUGUCUUCAGGAUUAUGCCAAGAUUAUUUGUUUAUUUGUAUUGAUAGUACUGAAAAUGUCAGGAUGUUUUCUCUUGAAAAUUAUGAUAUUCAUAAUUGUUUUAAUUUGACAAGGUAAAUAAUCCAUCCACACUGUUGAUGAUGUUGGUAAUAUAACUGCUGGUAUUUGAAGAAAGUGCUUGUUUCACUAACACCUUUGGACCAUUUGUACCAUUUUUCUUUAAAAUUAAAAAAAAAAUUAAACCAUUGAAAAUACUCUGUUGUGUCUGUGCCUAUAAAGUUAUAGUGAUUUUAUUGGUUUGAAAGCUGUAUAUACAGGAUUUAUAUUUGAUGAUUGAUAUUGCUGUAUGAUAUUAUCUGGGUUGUUGACUUUUUUCCCUACAAGUGGCAUUUUUGGCCACUAUUUUGGCUUCAUAAUUCUGUGAAAGUUAAGUGUGCAAUUAUAUUCUUUUGGUUGCUUUGAAGGUUUAUGAUUUGAAUUAUUAGAUUAAGUUUUUGAAAUUAUUGUAAAGCUUUUGGCAAGCUUUUUUUAAACCAAUUAUUAUUUUAAAUUCUGAAGUGUUGGUAAAAAACAUAAUGGCAGUUUUAAGCUAUGCUGUAUAUAUUUUUCUUUCAUUUACCUGAUUGUCUUAUACCAAAUUUAAGCCAAUAUUUAGGCAUUUUUUCAAAGUGGCAAUAUUUUAAUUUGUUUACUUUUUUUGUUAAUAAGUGAUUGUGGAAAGACUGAAAAACGUUUGUAAAAUUAUUAGUUUCAUUCAUUGUUGGAUGGGAGCUGUUGAAUUAUUCAGAUGAAAGUGUCACAUUGUUGUUGAUCAAUUGGGAAUAAAGCAGUAGGUUGAUUGGUUA